UAUUUUUCGAUGGUUUUGGGGGAGAUUUGAGGUGGUGAUUGGUGGGUCUUGAAUGGCGUCGGCUCAGGUGUUACCAAAUUCAAGGAAGCAAGAGCAUCUGGAAGCUGGAAAACGACGGCUGGAGGAGUUCCGUAAGAAGAAAGCAGCAGAGAAGGCCAAAAAGGCUGCACCCAGUAGUCAACUCCAUACUACUGAUUUAGGCGUACUUGAGAAGCAACCUUCAGAAGCUGAACGCGUACGACUAGCAGAUUCAGAUGGAGCUGGUACAUCUGAUGUAGUUGGCAUAGCUGGUAUUGAAUCCUCUGGUGUAACUAUAAACAAUGAAGUCAGAUCAACAGAGUUUGUACAGAAAGAUGAACUAGGCUCUUCUCAUGAAAAAGAUGCUAGUCCUCUAAUUUAUGCAAACAAUCAUUAUAUAUACUUUGCAGAUCCAACGCAGACUCACGCAAAGGACAAAGACUUUAGGCACUAUGAUGUUUCAGGGUCUUCUGGACCAAUAAAUUAUGCUGACCAGGAUAAAGAAAGGAAUUAUGACCUUGGCAUUUAUAGUAGAACAUCAGGAGGACUUGCAGAUGGAAUUGCAACUGCAAAAGGUGCGUCCCUUCAUCCACCAUCAGUCCAGGAUGGUGAUAGCAAUUCCAGUCAAUAUGGUUAUUAUGGGUUGGACGAAAGUCUGCCAAGUAAUGGUCAUAGCCAUUUAAAAGAUUACAAAGUUUCAAAUCUGGUUACAAAUGUCUCCCCUGAGGGCUCUGGCAUUAACCUACUACAAAACAUGCCUGGUUAUCCUGAGCCGCCAGCUAAUCGCCAUACAUCCUCAUCUGAAGUUCACUUUACCUCUGGCGUCACAGAUCCUAAUCCUGAAGUUGAGCGAAGUGUACCUGAUGCUUUGGAGUCUAGUGAUUCCCGAAUUCCUGAUACUGGGGAGUGGAAGCAUAGUAGCUCUGUUGGUCAUUUGAUCAGUGCGAACAGCCCACUAAUGCCCUCUGAAUCUAGAUCUACGGGGUUCAGUUUCGAUGUCGGAGGUUCAUCUAAUCAUGUAUCAGCAUCUCCAGCCUUAGCUGCAACUAACACCAGGAGAUCUCGUCCAUCUUUCCUUGAUUCCAUCAAUGUGGCAAGAGUUUCUUCAGAAUCCACCCCACCUAGUGAACUGGAGAAGGCUGACUCAUUUAGUUCAAAAGUUUAUCCCAUGGAUAUUCUGGCAUCACCUGCUUCUCAGAAUUCCAUGAACUCUUCAGUUCUCUCUGGGAUUGGGGGUGACCGGUUCAGGCAUGGAGUCACUGAAAAUAUGGAGAGGAAACAUGAAUUUUAUCCACGAAAACAGGAUGAUGACUUUGCUGCGUUGGAACAGCAUAUUGAAGAUUUGACACAAGAAAAGUUCUCUUUGCAACGAGCUCUUGAGGCAUCCCGAGCUUUAGCAGAGUCCUUAGCUGCUGAAAAUUCAGCUCUGACAAAUAGUUAUAACCAACAGGGAACUGUUGUCAACCAACUCAGAUCUGACAUGGAAAAUUUACAAGAGGAAAUUAAGGCCCAUCUGGUGGAACUUGAAUCUAUGAAAAUUGAAUAUGCAAAUGCACAGCUGGAAUGUAAUGCAGCUGAUGAACGUGCCAAAUUGUUGGCUUCGGAAGUUAUUGGAUUAGAAGAGAAGAUGACGGUGAUGGGCGGCAAAAGGGAGGGUAGUGAUAAUAGAAUUGGGGGAGUUGCAGCAGCUGGGAUGGGAUGUGGCCGAGAUUUGGUGGCGGCAAUUCAUGGAGAGAAGGAAGGAGGGAAAAAUAAGGUAGGGUGUUUCUGCAGAUUCCAGUUAAUGGGAUCAACAGAUAAGCAAGAAAUCUUUGGCAGUGGAAUCCUAUUAAAUAAUCCCAUUUCCAGAUCAGGCUCUUGGUCACAUGAUACUUCUAUAUGGGCCAAAGGGGACUUUUUGAAGUCCUUGGCACUCAGACUGAGGUCCAGUGAGCUAAAACUGGAGAGACAAUUAGAGAACUCGCAAGCUGAGAUGUCUUCAUUCAGGAAGAAAAUAUCAAACCUCGAGAAGGACCGUCAAGAUUUACAGUCAACCCUUAAUGCUCUGCAGGAAGAGAAAAAACUCUUGCAAUCCAAGCUACGGAAAGCUUCUGCGAGUGGGAAGUUGGUUGAUGUUAGCAAGAGUCUGACUAGUACAAAAGAGGUGUCAACUUCUACGGAGGAUCUUGAGAAAAAACUCUUGCAAUCCAAGCUACGGAAAGCUUCUGCGAGUGGGAAGUUGGUUGAUGUUAGCAAGAGUCUGACUAGUACAAAAGAGGUGUCAACUUCUACGGAGGAUCUUGGUAUUGUGGAUCUGCAUAAUUCUGUGAGGGAUACUAGCAGACCAGAUAUUCUUCAUUACUCGGAAAGGAACAUCUUUGUGCCUGUUAGCAGGAAUGAUACAGAUGCUUCAACGGACACCCCAAACUCGGAAAUGCCCACCACUGCACACCCCUUUGAGCCUGAAAAUGGGCAGUUCAGUCUUGAAAGCUUGUCUUCAAAUAUUCCUGCUGAUCAGAUGAGAAUGAUUCAAAACAUCAACACAUUAAUUUCUGAGUUUGCAUUGGAGAAAGAGGAGUGGAUGCGAGCCUUGUCAACUGAAUCAUCCCAGAGUACCAUACUGAAAGAAAAGAACAAGGAGUUGUCUCGAAAACUUGAAGUUCAAACACAAAGAUUAGAACUUUUAACUGCGCAAAGUAUGGCGCACAACAUUAUUCCAGAAAGACAACCAGAUGCCCGCACCAUGAAUGAAAACACUCCAUAUGCAGAUGAAGGCGAUGAGGUGGUUGAAAGGAUGUUGGGAUGGAUAAUGAAGCUCUUUCCUGGUGGGCCAUCAAGACGGCGAACAAGCAAGCUUCUUUGAUCUGUUGUUCAAUACAGUUCAUGAACCAGAGGUGGAAUGCAGAUCUGUUUUUGUUCCUCCCACCCUUAAUUUGGGUGGUUCAUUGGAGGUCACAGUCUAUAUUGAAUCAAUUACACAGUCAAUUCUUUUUUAUAGAAGAAAAUCAUAGAUUCUGAGAGGGGUUCCAAUCCAUUGGAAGGUGCGAUGUCCAAUUCUUAAAUGUUUGUCAAUAAAGAUAGCCCUGCGUUUUUUGUUCUUGAUUUGCGUAGGUCUAUCAAGUUUUAGUUGGACAUGUAUUGAGCGUGAGAAGUUAACUAAAUACGGAAAGAGAUAUAGUACUCUGGUACAAUCAAACUUUCAGAGACCCUAAUAUGCACUUGAUUUGUUCCAGCUGAAGUAAGAAGUUGUUCUCAUCAUACUUGUUGUCGAGAUAAGGGCGUAAAAUCACAAUGUAUGAAAGAAAUGGUUUUGCAUUGAACCAGUUAUCAGCAGAUUGUUGCUCAGUUGCUCUAAAUCCCCUAUUCUGCAGGUCUGGUACAUCUCGUGACCGAUAACAAGGAGAGGGUUUUGCUGAUUUAUUUUGAGAAUCUGAUAAAUUGACAGGGCCUUGCCUAUAUUUUUACUAGGAUUGAUCUGUCAAUGACUCAUCGUUUACUCCAGAAAAACUCUGAUCCAGCUACGACUCACCGGCAAAAGGAAGAAACUACCCCCCAUUGCCUUCCUCUUAGAAGAUGGGUUCUUCUCAUGUCUAUGUCCAUCCAAGGAGUCUUCUUUGUCAUUUACUACCAAAAGUUGUAGUUAAAGAGGAAUCAGAGGAAGCUCACAUAAUAGUUGCAAUUCCGACGAGAAGGGAUAGUUUCUCCUCAUGCCUCGAGGUUGUGCUGCUCAAGUUGGGUAAAGGGAAGGAGAAAGCUAAUGGAUUUUUUUUGGGGUUCAACAAUCAAGGAUGUUUCGGUCAAUUUAUGCGCAUUUUGAUUAAU